UAAAUAAAUUAAAUAUAAAGCAGCUUUCGCGGUUACAACUCUGUUCAUAGGUUGUUGGUUGUGUCGAGCGAAAGUGACGACAAAAUGCAUCACCGUUAAGCAGGGUGCCUGAAAGUCAAGUCUGAGUCCAAGACAAAAUUUGAAGCGAUAGAAAUGGGUUCUUACAGCGUCUGCGUCCUUCCUCUAUGAUCGAAUCGCACGUUGGAGCACCUCGUCCAUGUAAAACUCUGCAACUCUCUACCAGCCCUUUAGGCUCGUCAAAUUCCUACCGUCAUAUCCGUGUAUGCUUAUUCAGUUAUUUGUUUGUGUACUUUGAUUGUACCAAUUUAUCUGUCUACAAAUACUUGUAAAUGGAAACCCUAGGUCAAGUAUCAUAAACGACUUGCUGUGUUUUGAGAGAGACAACGAACACAGAAGGGACGGAGGUCGGAGAACUGAGAAAAUAUGUGUCGAAAGUUAGAUGACCUUAGGGCCAUUAUGUUGUAGUUCAGGGGUCAAAAUGGAAAUUUGUGUUGGCAAAUCUGACUCUUUACUAGCCAUUCGAUCUUUGUGCAUUCACAUAUCCAAUCCCUGACUAAAUAUCUUCUUGAAAAGUUUUGCAUGUUCGUUGAAAAUUCCAUCUCUUUUCUCUUUAUGGAUUUUACUUUGUAUGCUGUUUUGUCUCAAAUGCUUCAUUCCUUAAAUGAUUCAAAUAUAGAGAUUUUAGGAAAUCAAAGACACAAAGAAUAUCAAUUUAUUUGGAUGGUCAAAGUUAGCUCCAGCAUCCAGGGCAUCAAUCAUCUCCAGCUUUAGACUUAAGGAUCUUUCUUGCACUACAAACAGGAAUCUUGGAACUCCAAAAAGCAUGGAAUACUUUUCCACUGCUGUUAUAUUUCUCCUUACUGUAUUGGGUGUUGUUUUUUAUUAUUUACAGAAACAACAGGAGGAAGAUGAUGGUGAGCAGAAGAAAUCAUCCCUGUCAUCAUCAUCAUCGGAUCAACAACGAUCCCUACCUGAAGAAGAACAUGAAAAGAGGAAAGAUUCAUUCUCAUCAUGGUCACCAAGUAAACCAUGUCGACGUUUUUCACUUGCUGAAAUCAAAUUGGCAACUAAUGAUUUCGAUGAUGCGUUUGUAAUCGGAAAGGGUGGAUUCGGGAAGGUAUAUAAAGGUAAGAUUGAGUUUGGUGAAGAAGGAAUUGAUGUUGCCAUUAAGAGGUUGAAUCUUGAACAUUCGAGUCAAGGGGCAACCGAGUUCAAGGCAGAGAUUGAGAUGCUUUCCCAGUUUCGCCAUAGUCACAUUGUCUCUCUUUUAGGAUACCAUGAAGGAUCUGAUAAAAGAGAGAUGAUCCUUGUUUAUGAAUACAUGCUGAAUGGAAGCCUUGAUCAUCAUCUCCACAAAAUAAGAGCCAAUGGAAGUAAUUCUUCUCUGCUAACAUGGAUCGAGAGGCUCAACAUUUGUAUAGGUGCUGCCCGUGGUUUGGACUACCUCCAUACGGGUACAAGUGUGCAAUCAAGAGUCAUACACCGUGAUAUCAAGAGCUCAAACAUCUUGCUGGAUGAGAAUUUGGCUGCUAAGAUUUCCGACUUUGGGUUGUCAAGGAUUGGCCCAGCCAAUCUGGUGGGCACCACUAAUGUUUAUACCGAUUUCAUAAAAGGUACAUUUGGGUACAUGGAUGCUGAGUAUUUUGCAACUCACAGACUGACACGAAAGUCUGAUGUGUAUGCAUUUGGUGUGGUGUUAUUGGAAGUGUUGUGUGGUAGGCCUGCUCUGGAUUUCACAUUAGAUGAGGAGCAACACAGCCUGGCGGUAUGGGCCAGAGACUGCAUCGAAGAAGGUAAGAUUGAUCGAAUCAUUGAUCCCAGUUUGAGGGGUCAAACCACAGCUAGUUGUCUGAAUGAAUUUGCACAAAUUGCAUAUGAAUGUAUGCUUAGUUCUUCAAAGAAUCGACCCACAAUGACUAAGGUAGUGGCUCGGCUAGAAUUUGUGUUGGCAUUGGGGUCACAAAAACAUGGGGGAGUGACAAUUGCUGAAAAGGUGUGGGUGCUGUUCUCUAUUCCAGUUAAACAUGAACUCUUAGAAACUUAAUCGUUAGACAAACCCAUGGUUGUCCAUUAUAUUGAAUCCCAUACAAGAAGUAAAACUAUCUCAAAUUACAUGGA